UCAGUGAAAAAUCUCACUCUGGUUUCUUCUUCUUCUCUGAAUUUGAUUCCUGGAGGUCGCAACACUUGACUCCAUGGAUUCCUACGACCCUCUUCUCGAAAAGACCCGACUCCCCCAACCUUCCCUCCAGAAAUUCGCAGUGGCAUCAAUCUUCCAGAACAUCCGAUCCAACCCGCAUUCCGACCCGGGAAGGCGUGCCAUCUCCCAAUGCCUCAAUUCCUCUUCCCCUAACGUCGUCGACACUUCGGUCCGCGAGCUUUGCCGCCUCGUAACGGACUCCGUCGUCCCCCUCCAAUUCGCCUUGCUGGAGCUCCACUCUGCCCUCGAAGGAUCCCACCCGAGAUUCGUCCCCGUUUUCGUCAAGGGUUUGGGCUUCCUUGUUCGUUACGGUUUCCAGAAGAACAAUGCCACGUGGCAAUUCUCCUCCACUGAAACGCACCCUUUCGUCAAGGUGUUGUCUAGCUGUUCCGAAGUUCAACCUGAACUACUGCAGCAAGUGUUGAUGUUUAUGUUGCAAAAUAAGCGACUGGGAAUGGACGAAGUUUGUGAAUUCUUGAGGCCAUUGUUGAAUUUCUCAAUCAUAAGAUUAUUAGUUUCCGAGUCAUCUUCCACUUCAUUUGCAAUGCAACUGGUCUCAUCUUUGGCUUCAUUUUGUUGCUCAUUUCCUUAUGAGUCUAUUCCUGUUUUUAGGCUCGUAGUUGGAUGCCUCAAGUAUCUUCCACACGAGACCUCAGAAGACUACAAUAAAUUUGUAUAUAUUGUAGAACACAUGACGGAGGCAUAUAUAGUGGUACUGAAGUCUCUGGCUGGAAAGAAAUUGCUGAUUACUGGGGCUCAAAACUCUUCUGUGGAAUUUCUAGAAACAGUUGUUUCCCUGCUCACUUGUCUUAAGUGGUACCCAAGUGGUCACGAGCGCAUCUUUGAAUUAUCAAGGCGCCUCUUAUCUGUACAGAAGGAUCUUGGGCUGCAAUGGGUACCUGGUCUGUCAUCGACUUUGGUAGCAUUAUUCACAAUAUUUGUUCAAUCAGAACUUGAGCAUGAACAGGCUUCAGUAUUGAAACUUCUUCUCUUAAUCCUGAAGUGGAAAUAUGAUAGUGAUGAUGCUAUUAGCAGAACUAAAUCCUCUCCAAUUGAAGAGAUUUUGUUUUUACUUCCCACUGUCAGCCUUAUGUCUUCUCCUUCCAAAUGUGUGAAAGGACUGGCUGCCGAUUUGCUUCUUGUUUUGGAGAAGCUCCUUGUAAAAAUGUUUGUGGUGCCAAACGAUAAACCAAUAACUGAGAAGGGAGCUCACUAUCUAAGCACACCAGGAACUAUACUUUCAAGACUUGUGCAACAUCUGUGGUAUCAGGAUGGAGAAUAUUCUUCCAAAAUCUUCCUUCUAAAUUUGGUUUUGAAUGGCACAAAUGAAACCAAAAUAAUGCAUGAUAGACCAAUAUCUUGGGUUUCCCGUGUACGAGGGUUCUGCUCGUCAAUUAUUGACCGGCGAAAGUCUUCAUUACCUCUCACACAUUUUCAGGAAGUACUUUUGACUGAGAUGCCCUUGUUACUCAGUGCUGUUAUUGGUGUUUUGUUGAUUCAUCCAUCAAUGGAGGCUGCUGCUGUUGAUACUUUGUCUUCUAUUGCCAUUAUGGAUCCCAGAUUGGGAGUUCCUUUGUUGCUAACCAUUAUGUUUUACAGCAAUAUAUUCACAAGAAAAGAUGUUGCUAGCCAUGAUAUGUUGCUAAAAAUCUUGGAAAUGCUGCCAUCACUUGCUUCACAUUCAGCAAUGAUUCCACUGGUAGUUCAAACUCUCUUGCCGAUGCUUAACAAAGAUGCAAAAGUCUCGUUAUAUGCUACAGCAACUCGAUUACUGUGUCGAACCUGGGAGAUCAAUGAUCGAGCUUUUCCAAGUUUGCAAGGUGUUUUGCUUCCCAAAGGAUUCACUGAUUUCAUGUCAGAGAGAGCUAUCUGUAUAAGCAUGGCUGCUUCCAUUCGAGAUAUUUGCUAUAAAAGCCCUGAUAGGGGUGUUGACCUUAUCUUGUCUGUUUCGACUUGCAUUGAGAACCCAGAUCCUGUAAUUAAAGUUCUUGGUUUGCAAGGACUUGCCCACCUUUGUGAAGCAGAUGUGAUCGAUUUUUACACUGCAUGGGGUGUCAUUGCCAAGCAUGUGCCAGGAUACCAUUCUGAUCCUGUUCUUGCACAUAGCAUUUGCUUUCUUUUAAGGUGGGGUGCAAUGGAUGCAGAAGCCUAUCCAGAAGCAUCAAAGAGUGUGGUGCAAAUUAUUUGGGGCGUAGCUACCUCUAGUCAGGAGGCCCAGUGGGCUAAAGCUAGAGUUUCAGCCCUGGAAGCUCUUUCCCAAUAUGAAGUGUCACAGCUUGAAAAAAGUAUUGCAGAUUUUAAAAAAAGAACUUUGGAGCUGUUUGUUUCUGAGACCUGUCCCAAAAUACUGAAGGUCAUGGAGGAUUUUCAAGUCAAGAUAAUAACACAUGAGCACAUAAAUCGCCGACGAUUGGUCAAGGAGAAAAGAGUUUCAGGAAGUAAGAUUGAGAAAUUGGUGGAUGUACUUCCACAGGUUAUAUUCUCUUCAGGUAAUACUAGUGAAGCUAGAAAAUUGCCUGGUGCAGCUUUGUUAUCUUUUUCUUUUACUCCUAAAGACGUGAAAGCCUAUCAGGAAUCAAAAAGGCUAAGAGAUGUACAUGCUGGGUAUGGAAAUGCUCUAGUGGAAAUGGCUUCUUCUCUUCAGCUCUCAAGAAAUAUCAUGCUUGCACUUAUGGCGCUGCAAUCGUGGAAAGGCUUUGUGCGACGUUGGAUGAAGGCUUACAUUGCGUCCUAUGAUACAAAAGCACAGACUGUCCUAGAUAAAACGUCUAAAGCUGCCAGUGAUAUUUUAAAGAGAAUGAUGGCACUAGCAGAUGAAGCUAUACCUAGAGCUGCUGAAAAUAUUGCACUGGCUAUUGGUGCACUCUGUUUGGUUUUGCCUCCAUCUGUUCAUACUGUUAAAUCUGCUGCUUCAAAGUUUCUCUUGGAGUGGUUGCUUCAGCAUGAACAUGAACACCGUCAAUGGUCUGCUGGAAUUUCUGUUGGAUUUAUCUCAAGUUGCCUUCAUGUAACUGAUCAUAAACAGAGAUAUCAUAACAUCACAGGACUUCUUGAGGUCCUUUUUGCUAGCAGAAGUUCCCUUGUAAAAGGGGCAUGUGGUGUUGGAUUGGGUUUAUCAUGCCAAGAUCUUCUUACCAGGGUUGAAGCUGCUGAUAACUCCACUGUUGAAAAUGAAGCUAACAUGGUUCCAGAAUCUGAGUUGCUAGGAAAAAUUGUUACAGCCUUAGCUACAGUGAUACGUGAAGGAACUCGAUCUUUGUCUGUUGUUUUGGACAGUCUAUGCUCAUGCUUUCCACCUGGUUCUCAUGAGGUGAAUGCUAAGGUACUUGAACAAUCAUUUAGUAACACUGAGGAUUUUGAAGAAGAUAUAUGGGGUGUUGCUGGUCUGGUUCUUGGUUUGGCUACUUCCAUUAGUGCAGUAUACAGAGCUGGAAAUUUAGAAGCUGUUCUCAAGAUUAAAAGCUUGGUAUUAUCAUGGAUUCCAUAUGUGAAUUCACUAGUUCUGAAGACUAGUUCCCAUGGGGAAGAAUCUGCGAUUGUUUUAGCACUAGGGUCCUGUCUUGCACUUCCCACAAUAGUUGCUUUUUGCCAGAGAAUGGAAUUGAUGGAUGAUACUGAGUUGGACCAAAUUGUGGUUGGCUUUAAAGAGUUUAUUUCUGACUUAAUCUCUGUGAAGAAGUCUGGCAUUUUGCACCAGAAUUUAAUGAUGGCAUCAUGUGUUGGAGCAGGGACGGUGCUUUCUUGUAUACUUAAUGAAGGCGUUCACCCUGUUGAGGCCGAAAACAUUAAAGGUUUGCUGGAACUGUUCAGGAAAUGUUACUCCAACCCUUUCCCUUUUCUGGUCCAUCUUGGUGGUAUGCUAGGAGUUGUUAAUGCUAUGGGAGCUGGCGUAGGGAUUUUGGUCCAUGUGGAUUUUCCAAAUUACACCAAGCAAACUGAUUAUCAGAAGAAGGAUUCGUCUUUUGUUGUGGGUCCUCUUUUAACGAGUUCUGUUGUUGAACCAUACUUAACAUCUUUGGUGCAAGAAAUUUUUCUCGUGGCACAACAUUCUGAUAAUCAUCAGCUACAACAAUAUGCUUCCUGGGUACUUGGCUUCCUUCGACAUCAUUUAUGGUCCAAGGAACAUUUGGGUAUUGAAAGUGAUAAUAAUGUAGCGGAAACUACUUCAAAAUCUGUUUCUCAAAGUGUUUCUGAGGACAAUGUGGUUUGGAAACUCAGUUCGUGGCUUAUGGAUUUCAAAUACACUGUGCCAGGUACUAUUGUACAUGUUGUUACAGUUGUUGCUGUAUUAAGGUGCCUUUCUAGAGCUCCCAGAUUGCCUAGUUUGGAUUGGGGAGCAAUUACCAGGCGUUGUAUGAGAUACGAGGCCAAAGUUGUCGAAUUGUUGCAAGCAGAUUCUGCUUUUGAGAUGGGUACUCUUAGGGAGCAAUGCGUACAGUUUGCAUUAGCUCACGCAAAUCAAUUUGAUUCACUCCUAACUUUUCUUGAUGAGCUAUCUGAUUUCUCUAGGUUCAGGACACUUGAAAUAAACCUGCAGUCAUGUCUGCUAAUUCAUCUUGCAGACUUUGUAAAAGUAUUUUCAAGCUCCAGGCUUGAAAAACUUUUUGGUGAUGUAAAUAAUCAUUUGUCUUCAUUUACCUCGUGUGAAAAUUCUGGCAGCUUGUUACGUAUUUCAUGCUGGAAGGGUCUUUAUGAGUGCCUAGAUGAAGUUUCUGUGGGCACUUCUGAUCACAUUUGCCUUGUUGAGAGGUGCAUGGAAGUUCUAUUUACUUUAUUGCCACUUAUGCAAUCUUCUGGCAGUAUAGUGUCAGGCAAUGUUAGUUCUGCAGAGGAGUGGGCUGAAGCAGUAAGUUGCUUAGGGAGGGCUCCACAGAGUUGGUUAUUGGAUUUUCUGAAGGUUUCAUAUGAGGAGUUUGUUCAUGGUGCUGUCCAAUCUGUUGAUGUGCGAAAGAAGGUCCUUAUGAAGAUCAAGCUAGUGAAGAGUCAUUCUCUUGCACUUGUUGAACUUGGAAAAAUGAAAUCAUAUGUAUUAAACUCCAAAAUCCAAGGAUUCUGGGAUGUACUCGUUGAAGUUGCAGCAGCUUUGCAGCAUGCAGAUGGAAGUAUUAAAAGACAGUGGCUUAUUGACACAGUUGAAAUUAGCUGCGUAUCUAGUUUUCCUUCCACGGCAUUUCAGUUUCUUGGUUUGCUAUCUGCCACCUGCUGCAAAUAUAUGCCCUUUAUGAUCGUUGACCAACAAACGGUGCUGAACGAUCUACCAGUCAUCCUUGUGUCUCUUCUUGAUGACAAGAGCUGGGAUGUUGUUGCAGAAACAGUUGUUUCCCAUCUCUUUUUGUCAGCCGAACGCAUAUACCAAUGGGCAAUUCAGAUAGCAGAUGGUUCCUAUGUUCCUGGUUCGCAACCCAUUGAUGAGAGUGAGAAUCAUGGCGCUGAUUCUCUGCUGCAAGUGGUGCAUCAUACUUGUGUACUACUCAAAGGCUACUUGCCAUUAGAAAAGCAGGUUCGGCUCGCCAGCAUGGUUAUCCCCUGAGAUUGGAACUACAUUCUUGAAGAUGAAAGGAAUAUGUUGAAGCUAAAUCUGAAGUGUGUUCUUUGUAAAUAAUUUGCAUAAAGGAACACAACAGCAUGGCAACGGCACAAUGUUCUUGGCAUGAGAAUUUGCACCAUUCCAUUGUGCUUUUUUCUCAAGGUUAAACUCAUAACAAGCUUACAAGAUUAUGUCUUUAAAUCGAGUUUGUGUUAAUCUUUAAGAUUCAAAUUUACUUCCAUGGUUUAGGUGAACUCUGGAGUUUGAUAGAGGACAGUAUUGGGUGGAAGUCAACCGUCUCAGAUGUUUCUUGCAAAGCAAACAGCUGAUUAUGUACAGUUUUGGUUGUCCAAUGUACUAAAGCUAACCAGAAUGCAUGUUGUACCAUUCCUUGUUUCUAUACAAGCAUGCUGUACAUUGUAAGAUUUGGAUGCAAUGGUUAAAAUUCUAGAUGUUAGUAUAUUUUACAUUCAUCUUUUACAUUGUUUGUUUGUGGGGGGUGGAUAGUUUUGAACUUGAUGGAAUGAAUAUGUAGAGAUUCAGAUGCUAA